CGAAAAGCCAAGAUUUCGAUUGGUCGCAACGGAUGACGAUGGCUCGCAUGACAGAACCCGUUGUGCACGUUUGGUUUUUUCUGAAGGCUUUCCCCGCUUACUUGGAUUUGCAUUUAUUUCCUUUUUACCAUGAGCUUAUUUCCAACCAAUCGAGGACCCAGUCAUUUGGUGCAAUUCAAUGCCGGCAAGUGCAUUCGUGAAGGCAACAUGCUGAAACCCGACUUGCGUAAAGGCAUGAUCUACAUGGAUCAGAGCGACGAUCAACUGAUGCAUUUCUACUGGAAAGAACGCAAAGGUUCUGCUCAACCAGAAGAUGAUUUGAUUAUUUUCCCUGACGAGGCCGAGUUUGUGCAUGUCGAACAAUGCACCACCGGACGCGUGUAUCUUCUAAAGUUCAAGACGUCGAGCCAGAAACUCUUUUUCUGGAUGCAGAAUAAGAAUGCGGACAAGGACGAAGAAGUAGUGAACCGGGUCAAUCGCUUGAUUGAUGAUCCUCACAGUGCUGUCGAUGAACGCAGCAUGUCACCCACGAAUAUGGAUCUGAGUGCGGAUGACUCGCAAGACUUUUCACGCAUCCUCGGAGGCGAUGAUCAAGAUGUGAAUGUCACACAAGAACAGCUGUUACAGUUCCUUCAAACCGCCGGUGGUAUGGGGUAAGUUCUUCUUUUUAGCCAAAGCGUUUGGACCCCUUGAUGGUAGUGCGUAUUCAACUCACUGAUGUUGCCUUGAAAAAAAAUAAAGA